UCAGCCCCACAGCCAAAGCCUUCUGGAGGGAAGGGACCAAGAGCAGGUCUUUGGCUUCUGGGCUCACCUGGUACCUGUGACACAGCAAAUCCGCAGUCAUGAAGAUCCUUUACCUGCUCUUUUCUCUCCUCUUCUUGGCACUCCAGGUUUCUCCAGGUCUGUCUUCACCCCGGAGGGACAUGUUUCUCUGUAGAAAAGGGUCCUGCCACUUUGGAAGAUGCCCCAUCCAUCUGAUUAGAGUUGGAAGUUGCUUUGGGUUCCGCUCCUGCUGCAAAGCGCCAUGGAAUCUAUAAAACUUAAUGGACUGCCCAUUCAAGAGCGAUGAAAAUUUCUUGUAAACUUUGGAAUUUGCUUUGAAUCCCCUUACUGCCAAAACCACCGGAUCCUGCUACAAAGGUGCAUGCACCUUUCAUUUUUUAAUGCAAAAAAGCUUUAUGAUGUAGAGUUAAAUCCAAAUGUAUUCUGCAUUGCUUUCCAUCCUUUUGAAUAAAUUGUUGUUGCUCAGCAUUCACUGAAA